AUGAGCUUCCCGCUUGGGCCUGGCCGGGUAUGCCAUCCGUUCAACUUUAACAGGUUUGAUAUUCGACAUGAGUCGUGCGAGGGGCUCUAUGCACAAAGAGCGAUACUGCAUCCAGGCUGGUGGCUGCAGUUAGGCGUGCUGAGCAAGUUGGCAGCAGAGGUGCAGAACUGCUCCUCUGUCCAGUCGUGUGGCCUUGGAAAGCUCUUUCUCUUCACGGGUGCCUUAACAUCGCCUGGGUACGAUCUGAAAGCAACUGUUGACCGGGUCAUGUUCAGCUACCAUUCCAGGCUUGAGGAAAAAGUGAGAUCGUUGCAGCGGAAGCACAUCUUGGCCGUGCUGCAUCAGCACCGCCCCUUUUUGGCCAAGGCCUCUGCUCUGUCAGAGUCUCAAAUUGUUUUGCACAGCCAAGAUUUCACCAUAGGUGUCCAUGCGGACCAGCAGAGUGCUUCCGGUGUGUGGCGUGGACAGAUCCGGGCCUGGCAAGCUUUUGCUGAAACCCAAGCUCACGGUUUCCUGCUCGACCAGGAGCGACACUUUACCGGAGCUGUCUUUGCGAGGUUUUUGGACUUGUACUGGGCCAGCUCGUCGGAGCAAGAUGGUCAGUUUUGGCUCGACUACGGUUACUUGAUCCCACAGGACACUCGCAAAAAAGUUCCAUCGGAAUCCUUCGCAUGGUCUCACAUUGAUGAGGUGCUGCAGAAGAAGUUAGUGAUUUUCACGCAGCCGCCUGGCUACUGGGACUCCCUGGAGGCUCUGGCACAAGCUGUGCCAAAAAGCCCCUGGACCGUGUGGGUGGACUUUGACUUGACAAUCUCGCCCUGUUGCUUCGACAGUUUUUCCUUCACGCAGCUCAUUCUGCGCCAGAGCAGCGGUGACCUGCCACACGUCGUCUUCCGCGAUUCCCCUCGGGAGGAUUACCACCACCACUGCGCGAAUGCGGGCUUCAUCGUGGUCCGCAACACUUCCGUGGGGCGGCUUUUCGUGGAGCUUGCAAGGGAAAAACGGCGCUGGCCUCGGCUUCCCUACGGUUACCAGGCGGCCGUGGCCGAGUCGUUGCUGGAACUCUUAGGCCUCGAGACCGCAGUUCUCCGUGGUGGUCCUCCCAGCUACUCGUCUCAGUGCUUACCUCAUCUUGUGCUGGGAAAGCCUCUAGGUGAUACAAGCUACGCAAACUAUUGCAUGUGCUGGCGUCAGCAGCUGGAUCGGCUAGUGGGUGAAGGACGUGAUGGGAGUCGCUGGGUCCAGUUCCUGCGCCCCAGAGAGGGUCCUGAAGUGGGCCUCCUUCUCGCGAGCUUGUUUCUGUACCGGGGAUCACUGUCCAGAAACAAGCCUCGGGGUGCUGGCUAUUUGCCUUUACAUACUUGGUCGAGAGCGAAGCACAGGAGAUACGUUGAGGCUUGGGUGCCUCCCGAGUUCAAAUAUGGAGGACCCUGCGCACUUCUGCCGCUCAUACUGCACUGGGCCUCGCUGCCCCACAGGCCAGCGCUGAUCUACGAGUUCUUGAGCUCUCGGUUUCCGAAGUCCAUGCCCUUGGACAUUCUCGUGAACGGCACAGCGCAUGACUUGGCAAUUGUUUAUCGAGCUGCGGCACAAGAAGGUCGAGCAAGUUGGCAUUCGUUUCUCAAACGCCAUGCUAACAUCGCAGAUUCCUGGCGAAUGGCUUCGCAGAAUGAUGGACCCAUUCACAAGAAGCUUGACGAUGCUGCAUGCAAUCUGGGUUCAUGGCGCUUGUGGCUGUUCGGUGGCUACACAGACUCCACUCGUUCAACUGAUCUGGCAUGA